GUCCUGUCAGUGUACAAGACCCUGUAGACAACAGCAUGUACACAAAUCUGCAGGAUGCAGCAGGCAACCAAUCGGCAUCCAAGGCUGCAUUGUCCUCGUCCAAUCAAAACAAGACAUCGGGUCAGCAGCAAAUGGACAAGCAGUCGGCCAAUCAAAACUCAACAGAAGUCAACGGAAGCCUGAUCGAGGACCGAAAGAACCUGAAGCACCUGCCCAUAGAGGAUGUUUUGGAGAAGGUCAAGUCCGUUGUUGCCGAGCUGGAAAAGUUCGAGGAGUUUAACAAGCCGGAGGUGAUGCAGCUGCAGAAGUGUCUGGGUGACUUCUACUGGGAUUAUACCUCACACCGCAAGCAGAUCGGCGACGCCAUAGCAGACGCCGGUUAUGCGGCGAUCACUGUGCGGAUCUUGAAGGGUCUCAACACUAUUGGUAUAUUUAAGAACGACGAUGUCUGGUUUCCCACGUAUUACACAUACAACACGACGUGGAACUAUUCAGACUGCAGCGAACUACUAGCCAGAAAUUUAGCAGAAGCAGAUGCUGUGAGGUUGCUAACUCUCAACUGUGGUCACAAGCCUUAUCUUAACGCAGUUCACAGCAAGAAUGUCUACUAUGUGAUAAAAGCGUCUAUGAGUAUUCUACACAAUAUUGCCAGAAAUCCAACAGCCAAGACGUACUUCAAAGAAAACAAAACCUCAGAGGUGAUCAUGCCGUUCAUAACGAUGAACGACGAUAUGCUGAAGGUGCUAGCCAUGCUGACACUGGCCUACAUCGUGGAGGAGGAAGACAACGUCAAACUCAUAGACGAAACAGGAACUAUCAAGAAUAUAGUGCAAUGGAUAGAGAAAGCUCUAGAUAGUCCGAAGCGGCGCUUCAAAGGCUUCUGUCCAAUGGAACUCACUCAGGGACUUGAUAAACUCGCUGUCAAUGAUGGCAACAAAUCACGGAUCAUUGACGAAGGUGCUAUUCCGUUGUUUAUGAAGAUGUUGUUACACGAUGACCCACGGGAACAUAGUGUAACUGCACGUUGUAUAUGGACGUUGUCAUUUGACAAAGGUGUCAAACAGAAAUUUAUAGACUAUCAAAAUCUCGUGCCCACGUUAGAAAAGCUGGCGGACAGUUCGGACAAGGAGGUGCAUAAAAAUGCCAGUGGUGCGUUGUGGAUACUUAAAGGAGAAAUCGACCCAACCAGUGAACGUCCAAAAUCGGCAGUAAAAGCAAAAAGUCAUAUUUUCAUUAGCUAUUCAUGGACUGACCAGAAACAAGCCAAGGAAAUACUCGACAGACUCAAGGCUGAAGGUUACUCGGUGUGGAUCGACAUAGAGCAGAUGGGCGGAUCUACGUUAGAGGCGAUGGCUGGUGCCAUCGAAAACGCAGCCGUCGUCUUGGUGUGCAUGUCUGAGAAGUACAAACAGAGUCCAAACUGUCGCACAGAGGCGGAGUAUACGUUCCAGUUGCGGAAAGACUACAUUCCACUGAUGAUGCAGAAAAAAUAUCGACCUGACGGCUGGCUAGGUCUUAUCCUCGGAGCCAAACUUUUCUUCGACUUCAGCGGGAAAUACCCGUUUGAAAAAUCCAUGUCUGGAUUACUAAAGGAAUUACGAGGCCGAGGGCAGAAGGCAAAUUUGAGUGUAGAGCCAAGCGUUGAUGAAGUUGAUGGCCCUUCAGAAGUGUGUACCACAGUGGACACGCUGAAGGCGAACCCCCACCGCAGUACCCACCCUUACACGAGUAGCGCUGUCCCUGGAAAUGCUCAGAUGACGAGGGAUGACGUCCAGAAGUGGCUCAUGGGAAAUCAAUUAGAAAAUUGUAUGACAUUAUUCAACCAGUUUGAUGGACGACUGGUUUGGCAGCUCAAAGAAAUGAAACAGGAGGCGCCCGAAUAUUUCUACCAGUGCCUUGAGAAGCGGUUGAACCUGGGUUUAAUAGACAUGUUGAAACUAGCAGCUGCUCUAGACCAGUUACACUGAAGAGGAAACAAAGAUAUAUUUAUUUAAAAUGAUGACAUAUAAAAUGUACAUAUACACAUUCGCAUGGUACAUGUGUGCAUGUAGAUACUCACAGAACAAUGACAGUGUACAGAGUUCUGCCUUGAAAUGUUUCAGUGGUGAAAAUACCGCGUCACACUAGCAGACUUGUCAUGAAAAACAACUGAGGGGAGUGAUUAAUUGCUCCCCUAACUUAGAUUGUAGGGAGCCAUUUAAGAUAUUACCAUAUUGAAACAAUAUAAAUUCACAUGCUAAGGGGAGCUAAAAAUUACUCUCCUUGAACUUGUCUCAGGGGAGUGAUAGGGAGCCAGUGUGAUAGCUCCCCUUAUAUGGCAAGGGCCCUGUUCCACAAAAUAACGUAGCUACGGUUAAUUGCAGUGACUUGAAAUGAAUUUUACAACUGCAGUAAAUUGGCACCAUAAACUUUACAGCCAUUCCACAAAGCAACUUUAUGGUAGUCGUAUGUGCCCCUUUAAUUAUUAAAAUCUUCUUUGUGAAGAAAUGUGAAUUAGAUAUGUAAUAAAUUGGUUACGGACUUUUCAGAACAUCUUGGAUGUAUUCAUUGGUAUCAGACAUCCAUAAAGUAACUUUGUCACUUUAUUUGCUAAGUGAUAAUUGCCGAAUGCAUAAGACGGAGAGUUUUCUCCCGUAUUUUCGUGUAACGGUCGUAUGGCCUAGAAUGUUUUUCAUCGACCGCCGAGUUUCAUAAAAGGUAUUUGGUAUGUAUUACAUCCAUUUUUGCACAAAAAGUUAGUAUCCUUAGAAAAUGAUAAAAUCAUCAUUUAACUGCCAUUUGACAUCUACUUUAGUGGAUUACAACUGCCUCGUAAC